AUGCUCUCGGUCCUACUUGCAGCUGUUCCAUUGGCUUCGCUUGUCUGUGCAUCCUUUGAUGGCAACUUGAACUACCAUUCGCCUUCUCGCCGGCACAAUGAUCUUGGAAUAGAUGUACCCAAGGUCGCAAAGAGAACUCUUUCCAAGCGCUCUGCUCCAUGGGAUCCUGCUCAGCUAAACUUCACACACGGUGUUGCCUCUGGAGAUCCCUAUCCUGACUCGGUCAUCCUCUGGACUCGUAUUGCGCCAUCGCUCGAACAUGAUAAAUCAAAUGUCACGGUUUCUGGCUAUGUAGCGCUCUACAGCCAUGAGACAGAAAAGUACAUCCAAGCUUCGCCAAAUCCCAUCUGCGUCGACUAUCGUGUUGGUACCGACAGCGAUUUCUCAACUGUUGUUGAUGAAGGGCAAGCAUACACCACAUCUGACAUCGACUACACUGUCAAGGUUGAAGCCAAAAACUUGGAGCCAUUCACCCAAUACUACUAUCAAUUCAAUGUUUGCGGCAGCUCCAACAAAAGUCCUCUAGGCAGGACUAAAACCAGCCCUGAUCAUGAUGACGAUGUCUCCAAAGUCGGACUUGCAGUAUUCUCCUGCUCCAAUUGGCAGAAUGGAUAUUUCAAUGCUUAUGGUAACGCUGCCAGAAAGGACAAAGUAGACUUCUUUGUCCACCUAGGCGAUUACAUAUACGAGUCUACUAAAGGCAAGCUCUGCAAAGAUCCUAGAGCAACAAAUCCUCCACGUGAGAUUGUCACACUAUACGACUAUCGAAUUAGAAUUGGCCAGUACCGUACAGAUGACGACUUGAAGCUUGCUCAUCAAAACUUUGCAUGGAUUCCUACAUGGGAUGACCAUGAAAUUGCCAACAACGGAUACCGUGACGGAUUCAGCAAUAUGAAUAACACCGAAGAGAGUUUCUUGAAGUACGGAGGCAUCAGCGUCGAUUCCAGGAAAAUGAACGCCGUCCGAGCUUACUUUGAAUGGAUGCCGAUCCGCCAGGUAGAUCUGGAUGACAACCUCCGCAUUUGGCGCAACUUCAAGAUGGGCAAACUGUUCGACCUCAUCAUCCUUGAUACUCGCAACUACGAUCGGUCAAUCACCACCCUGGACGAGAACGAUGCCUACAUCGAGGAAAUCAGAGACGAUGCUAGUCGCUCGCUCAUGGGCAGUCGUCAGGAAAAUUGGUUCUACAACCAGCUCUCCGAGUCACAUGAACGAGGCGCUACUUGGAGGAUUGUCGGUAACCAAAUUAUCUUUUCGCGGAUGAACAACAGUGCGGUCUACAGCAACUGGCUGAAUGCUGAUCAGUGGGAUGGUUACACCGCAAACCGUAACCGUACACUACACCACCUCUACAGUAACAAGAUCCCAAACACUGCGUUCUUAGCCGGUGAUUCACACGCCAACUGGGUGUCUGAUCUCGUUUGGCUCGACGAAACUCCUUACGAUCAGGCUACGGGAGAGGGUGCGAUUGGAGUCGAGUUUGCUGGCACUGCUGUUUCUUCUAGCGGUUAUGGCUCUGGAAGAUCAAUUGCGAAUUCGAGUGACCGCUCUGCAGCGCUUGUUCGCGAUAACAGGGAGCUUCAGUGGACAGAGGGCUAUUAUCGAGGAUACUACGAGCUUUUCAUCUCGCCCGAAGAGCUCAACGCGCAGUACUACGGCUCUCCUUCAGUCGCUUCUCGCAACCCUUUCGACAUUAGUCUCGCCAACUUCACUGUUAAGGCGGGCGCUAACCACCUGGCGAGGACCAAUGGCUCGGUUGUGGCAGCGGGCGGAUACGUUGAGAGCGGCGCGCUGCAGCGUGGGCCAACGACUCCAUCGAAUCUGACUCUGAACACCAUUACUGGCACGUGGAACAUUACCGGUAUCGAGCAAAUUACGAACGGUGGUAUCGAGAAGAACCUUCAGAUCAACGAAUCCGCACCACUACCCUUCCUCCACGAUGAACAAAUCCUCGUCCAAGUCCACGCCAUGGCACUGAACCCCGUCGAUUACAAAGUCACCGAAGGCCCCAUGCCCCUUCGAUUCGUGGGAUCCAACAUCACCCCGGGCGCCGAUUUCUGCGGCACAGUCGCAAAAGUCGGCCGAAAAGUCGACGAGUUCCAAAUCGGCGAAUUCGUCUUUGGCGCAAAAGUCGGCGCGCUGACUGGCGGAACCCUCGCUCAAUAUGUAGUCGUAGAACGGACCAUGCUCGCUGUGCUACCCGAAGGCGUGAAAGUUGAGGAAGCGGCGGGCGUCGGUAUCGUUGGGCUGACAGAAUACCAGGCGCUUGUGCCACACGUCAAGAGCGGUGACAAAGUCUUUAUCAACGGCGGCUCAGGCGGCACUGGUGUCUUUGGUGUUCAAAUCGCUAAAGCGCUGGGCUGCCAUGUUACCACCAGUUGCUCGACUCCCAACGUUGAGUUUUGCAAGGGCCUGGGUGCAGAUGAAAUCAUAGACUACAAGACUACGGAUAUCAUUGAGGCGCUCUCUGCCAAAGGCCAGGUCUUUAGCGCCGUGGUGGAUAAUGUCGGUUCGCCUGCCAAUUUAUACAAAGCGGCAUCUGCUUUCCUCCUCCCCAAGGGCAAAUUCUUGCAGGUCGGGGUGGAGAAUAGUCUUGGUGGUGUAAAGACGUUGACGGGAAAUAUGCUACUACCAAGUUUCCUGGGUGGCGGCAAGAACUCCUUUCACAUAAUUAUGGCUAAGCCGUCGGCGGAGCAAUUGAGGCACAUGGCCGAGUGGCUUAAGAAGGGCUCGUUGAAGCCGAUUGUGGAUACGGUGUUUGAGUGGGAAGAUGCGCCCAAGGCUUUUGAGAAGCUGAAGACGGGAAGGGCGAAAGGAAAGAUUGUGAUUAAGGUUCCACAAGAUAAAUCGAAGGAUAAGGCGGCGUGUGAGUCUUCGUAG